AUAAUGCUCAUAAAUCCAUAUCAAAUUUCGAAACCUUUUUCCUUUAAUAUAUAUCCACAUAAUAAUAUAUUUUUUCAUAAAUACUUUUGUUGUGUGCGGAUAAUUUAGGCAAAAUCGAAAUGCAAUCUCUGAGUUUCAAGGUGUUUGUGGAUUUUAACGGCGGAGGUACGGCGAGGUUGCCGUGUUUUCCGAGUCGACUCGGUUCCGUUGGCGCCGAUUUCGAGGCAGGAGAUAGACGGCUAGGAUUGAAUUACAGAGAUCAUGGACGGACGUGUAGGAUCGUUGCUUGUUCAAGCGGAGCUGAUUCACAGAGUCAGAGCGCGAGUUCGAGCUCUAACUCGUUCUUGACUCGGAGCCAAUCGUAUGCUCUUCUAAAGCAACAAAUGGAAGUUGCUGCUAAAUCUGAGGACUAUGAAGAAGCUGCAAGACUUCGUGAUUCUUUGAAAUCGUUUGAAGAGGAGGAACCAGUAUUGCACUUGAAGAGAUUGCUGAGAGAAGCCAUUGCAAAUGAAAAAUUUGAGGAUGCAGCUAGAUACCGUGAUGAGCUAAAAGAAAUUGCUCCACACUGUCUCCUGAAAUGCUCCAGUGAUGCGACAACUUUGGGGAUCAAAGUUCAAGUUAGGAGUGUGUAUAUUGAAGGGCGGAGUCAACCUUUGAAAGGCCAAUAUUUCUUUGCUUAUAGAAUAAGAAUUACAAAUAACUCAAAUCGCCCUGUUCAACUUCUCAGAAGGCACUGGAUCAUCACUGAUGCAAAUGGCAAAACUGAAAAUGUUUGGGGAAUCGGAGUUAUUGGUGAACAGCCAGUCAUACUUCCUAAUACUAGUUUUGAAUAUUCAUCUGCAUGCCCGUUAUGCACUCCUAAUGGGAGAAUGGAGGGUGACUUCGAAAUGAAGCAUAUUGACAAAGUAGGUUCGAAGACAUUCAAUGCAGUUAUUGCUCCCUUUUCUCUUUCAACAUAUGGAGAUGGCACAGACGCUCUAUAGGGGGUUUCUAGCGAGACAAUUUCUUGCUGAUACCAGAAGAAGAUAAAUCAUGUUUGUAUCUACUCUCGGCCAAAGUGCUAAGUUGUAAGUGUGAAUAGUUGAGGAACAGAAGCCAGUACUUUUGGCUUUUGUGAAUGAGAAGAAGACUUUGUAUAAAACUUAUCAGGGAUUUAGGGUAAGGUUAUAUCCGUCGCUAUGAUUUUUCAUUCGUUUGUUAUACUUUGUUUAUACUUAAAGCAGUACGGCAGAUCAUAUGUAUAUAUUCUAUUAGUGAUAAAAUGAAUUUGUGUAGUUUUAGCUCAA